UGUAGUGCUAUUUCCGUAGACCUCAAACAGACCAGCUUUACCAGGACACUGAAUAACGCUGUUAACUGUUCUACAGCAUAUAACUCUCUCUUUUGCUUUGUUGAUGCAUGUGUACACCUGAACAGCCAGGUUGUCGUUUAUAUCCCUGUCUCCUGUAAUGUGAAAAUAGUCUUAACUGAACUAAAAGCUGCAGUUAAAUCUCUAAUAUAUAAUAUACGGACAGCAGAACAGGGUUUGUUUUUUGCUGUUGGUGCCCCGGGCUUAGCAGGGGUCUGUCAGCUCAUAUUACCACCACUUGCUGCUUUAGCAAGUGGCCUGUCACACUUCAGUCUAUGUCUUCUGAUGUGAAACUUAACAAAUGUCUGUUUUAACAUGUGCGUUUUGAUAAUAACCCUGGUGUCUCGUUAACACUAGUUCCUAUUUAUGUCUUUCAUACGUCUCCUAACUGUCCUGCCGCUCUUGAGUUUCUUGAUCAUAAGCUGAAAUCUUCACAGAAGGACAAAGUACGACAGUUCAUGUCCUUCACACAAGCAGGGGAGAAGACAGCUGUGUACUGUCUCACUCAGAAUGACUGGAAACUAGAGGUGGCCACUGACAACUACUUCCAAAACCCGGAUCUGUACUUCAAGGAAUCCAUGAAAACCUCAGUAGACCGGAAGAAGCUGGAGCAACUCUACAACAGAUACAAAGAUCCUCAGGAUGAGAAUAAGAUCGGGAUUGACGGAAUCCAACAGUUUUGCGAUGACCUCAACCUGGAUCCGGCCAGCAUAAGCGUUCUGGUAGUAGCAUGGAAGUUCCGGGCAGCAACGCAAUGCGAAUUCAGCAAAAAGGAGUUCCUUGAUGGCAUGACAGAACUAGGAUGUGACAGUCCAGAGAAACUCCGCACUCUGCUUCCCCGAUUGGAACAGGAACUGAAAGACAGUGGAAAGUUUAAGGACUUCUACCAGUUUACAUUUAAUUUUGCAAAGAAUCCUGGGCAAAAAGGUUUAGAUUUGGAAAUGGCAGUCGCUUACUGGAACCUAGUUCUGACAGGCCGUUUCAAAUUUCUUGACCUCUGGAAUAAAUUUUUAUUGGAACACCAUAAGCGAUCUAUUCCCAGGGAUACCUGGAACUUGCUUCUGGAUUUUGGCAACAUGAUUGCAGAUGACAUGUCAAACUAUGAUGAGGAAGGAGCAUGGCCAGUCCUAAUAGAUGACUUUGUGGAAUUUGCUCGGCCGAUCGUGACUGGAUCAAAGCGCAAAAGUGUAUAAAUCUGUUGAUGGUGGCAGUUUGACACAAUGGGCCUGUGCUGCCUCACUGACUUCAGCUUUUUUUAAAUAUAAAAAAAAGACUUGUAUGAAACACAUACAAAAAGGAAAACAUGGAGAAACACUUGAAACUGGUGGGCUUGAUGAAGAGAAAUGGGGAUAGAAGGGACUCAAACCUUCAAGCAAUACAAAGAAGAAAAAAAGCAGGUGAAGGUGGGAUACUCAAGAUUUCUUUUAGAGCUGUCACGUGCACAAUGUCAGCUGCUGCUGCUGGCAAACUAAUCCUGUCCAGAGACCCAGAGGGAUUCUGGAGGAUCUCUGCAAAUCCAGUACCUCAUCCUCAUUGCAGACAAUUAUACAUUUGCACACCUCCCCAUUCACAUACACAAAUCAUAGAAAACUAGAAGAGUAGGAGACGAAAUGUGGUUCAAGUGCCCUUUUUCCAGCAUGCAUACCUCCACGAUGGGUAGAUCAGAUGCACUUUUAAAACCAGAGCCCCAUGGACAGAGCAACAUGCAGCUCAUGCCACCAGCACACUUGUUGCUGUUGUAAAAUACUAUAGCGGUAUGUACAGAAAUAAAUAUUAUAAAUAAACAAUAUUUUAUAAAGUAUAAAAGAACCAUUUAUUAAUAUGUGUGGAGGAUAAAUUGUGCAAAAGAUCUAAUGAACUCUUCGAUGCAUCAGUAACAUGAUUUCAUUUUUCAACCACAUAUUACACUAAUGUCUGCAGUCUUGCAGAAUCUGUUGUGACAAGAAUGCCAUUCAUGUUUCUCAAUUUUGUUUACCAGAUGCCAGGAUUAUGUUAUGAAAUAAAUUAUUGCCUCUA